AUAAUAAUGUAUGCCGAUACGUCACGAGGCGAUAGUUCAGUUCCAUUUGGAAGCGAUAAGAAAGUUGUUGUGAGAGAGAAAAGUUAAUUUCAUAUGGAAAAAUGGCUUCUAAAUUGAUAUUAAAGAGAAUUCAAUUUUCCCUUCUUCCUCGUCAUAUAAAACAGCUGAGCACAGUGUCAACAGAGCCACAAUUUUUAGGAAUUCAGAGUAAAUUUACAAAUGAAUUAAAAUUCACAAAUGACCAAAGUUACGAACCAAUUCCAAUUUAUAGAAUUUUACAACCACCUGGACAAACGAAGGAUGAAAAUCAUUUGUUGGACAAUGAAACGUUGAGGAAAAUGUAUUUUAAUAUGGUGACAAUUGGAAUAAUGGACAAAAUUCUUUACGAAUCACAGCGACAGGGAAGAAUUUCGUUUUAUAUGACGAAUUCCGGUGAAGAAGCUGUACAAACUGGAUCGGCUGCUGCAUUAACAUUACGGGAUGUUGUUUACGCACAAUACAGAGAAGCUGGAGUUUUACUUUAUAGAGGUUUUAAAAUUUCCGAAUUUAUAAAUCAAUGCUAUGGAAAUUAUCUCGAUAAGGGAAAAGGAAAACAAAUGCCAGUUCAUUAUGGCUCGAAGGAAUUGAAUUUCGUGACAAUUUCAUCUCCACUGACAACACAACUUCCACAGGCCGUUGGUGCCGCGUACGCUUUGAAAAGAUCAAAAGGAGAAGCGUGUGUAAUUUGUUAUUUUGGCGAUGGAGCAGCGAGCGAGGGAGACGCUCAUGCGGCCUUAAAUUUUGCAGCCACUCUCGACUGUCCUAUUAUAUUUUUCUGUCGUAAUAAUGGAUACGCGAUUUCCACGCCAACAUCGGAGCAAUAUAAGGGAGACGGAAUUGCAGCUAAAGGUCCCGCCUAUGGAAUUAACACUCUACGAGUCGAUGGAAAUGAUGUUUUGGCCGUUCAUCGGGCAACGCAAUACGCCCGUGAAUUUUGCAUCAAUGAAUCGAAACCCGUUUUAAUUGAAGCCAUGACGUACAGAAUAGGUCAUCAUAGUACUUCGGACGAUAGUACAGCGUACAGAUCUGUCGAUGAAAUUGCCAAAUGGAAUGAAUUUGCGCCAACAAUCAAAUUUCGGCAUUAUUUGGAGAAUUUAGGAAUUUGGAAUGAAGCGGAAGAGGCGAAUUUAAUAAAAUCAAAACGAGAGGAGACACUUUCAGUUUUCACUGAAGCUGAAAAGAAACCAAAACCAUCGUGGAAGGAAUUAUUCACCGAUGUUUAUCACGAAAUGCCUUCUCAUAUCAAGGAGCAAAUGGAAUCUCUCGAGAGUCAUCUCAAAGAAUAUGGACAACAUUAUCCACUAGGAUCAUUUAAAGAAAUGAAAUAGAUACUACUUUCAUUCUCAUUUUUUUUAAACAAUUUAAAAGUUUAUUUAUCCAUAACUUUUCACUGUUGAAACUUGAAAUGCAUUUGUAUCUUGAAAUAAACUUUAUUUUUUUCUAA